AUGGUUGUGUUGAUGAUGAGAAUUGAUAGUGAUGUAAUGAUGAUUGGUGGAUAUGUGAUAGAUGUGAUAUUGAGAUUGAGAAUAAUAUGUGGAGAAAAAUGUGAAUUUGUUAUGAAGAAGACAUCAGUUUAUCUCAUAUAUGGUGAGCCAAAUAAUGAAGAAAUGGAGAACAGCCACGUCAGAGGAGAUAUGGAUGCUACUGAUAUGAUAGAAGAUAAGAAUGUUAUUACUUUUAGGGGCUUUUUGAUUUCUAACUGGGAAAGACUUGACCGUCUUUGCCAUCCUCAUGGAUCAAAUUAUCCCUACUGCAUUAAAUCUGCUGUCAAUGCUGAAAUUGACAUGGUAAUGGUGGGUUUACAAUUUGAACCAUUCAUUGAAGAUUUGACCUUUCUUGUUAAAUCGGGGAAAGUACCAAUAAGCAGAAUUGAUGAUGCUGUUGAGCAAAUUUUGAGAGUGAAGUUUGCCGCUGGUCUUUUUGAAUUUCCUUUUAGUGACAGAUCUUUGCUAGAUAUGGUUGGAUGCAAGCAACAUAGAGAUCUAGCACGCGAAGCAGUUCGAAAGUCCUUGGUUCUGUUGAAAGAUGGAAAAGAUAUUAGCAAACCCUUUCUUCCAUUGGAUAGGAAAGCAAAGAGAAUCCUUGUUGCUGGGACUCAUGCCGAUGAUCUUGGAUUUCAGUGUGGAGGUUGGACCAAAACUUGGUAUGGAUGUAGUGGGAGGAUUACCAUUGAUCUAAAUGCCACAAGAACUUCAAAAUGAAGAGGAAUCCUCAGAAAGUAAAAUGGACCAAGGCGUAUAGGCGGGUGCAUGGAAAGGAUAUGACUCAGGAUUCAACCUUUGAGUUUGAGAGAAAGCGAAACAGGCCAGAGAGAUAUGACAGGAAUCUUGCAGAGAACGUCCUCAAGGUCAUUCCAAAGAUUGAAAAGAUCAGAGUCACCAGGGAGGAGAGGCACCAUAAGAAUAGAAUGAAGGGCAAGAAAGAAAAAGAUAUAGAAGGAGGCAGCAAAGGAGUUGGAGCAGGGCAUCAGUUUGGUCAAAGCUCCUUUGGCCCUUCAGAAGGACCCAUUUCUUACAUUACCACAAAAGAUCAAAGUCUCUGUUUCCCAAUGGCAAUCAGAGGACAACAAUGCGAUGGAGGAGUGAUGUCAAUGCUGCACUCUGUGUGUGUGUGUGUUUCA